AUAUAUGAUUAGAGCUAAACCAAUAAUUUCGUAUCUUCUUCACCUCUCUUUCUCUCUCCCUCCACAUCUUUCUAGAUUUCCCGAGAUCCUUGGAGCUAGGAAUUAAACUCCGUGCCGUUUUAAAAAUUUAAAAGGGAGAGAGAUGGAGGUGAAGGGUAAAAAGGAAAAGUUUGUGCCGUUUGUGUCAAUGGUGAUAAUGGAGGCAUGCACCAUUGCUCUUACAAUAAUGGCCAAAACGGCUAUAACGGGAGGGAUGAGUCCUUUUGUGUUCGUUGUUUACACAAAUGCUUUCGGAUCUAUUCUUUUGCUUCCUUUUUCUUUCUUCUUCCACAGGAAUGACAGAACUGAAGAAUCUAUCUUUUCUUGGCCACUCCUCGUCCGUGUGUUCUUUUUAGGUUUCACCGGGAUAUUUCUGUUCCAAAACUUGGCAUUUGUGGGACUAAGCUUCAGCUCACCCAUAGUGGUAUGUGCAAUGGGAUUACUCAUUCCUUCCUUCUCCUUCUUGCUCAACCUUAUUCUUGGAAGGAGCAAGCUGGAUUGGAGAAACACGAGCACGAGAGCUAAAGUGAUGGGAACAAUAAUCUCAUUUAGUGGAGCAUUUGUUGAAGAACUGUACAAAGGUCCCUUCAUAAGACCAGCUUCGUCUCCUUCCCCAACUCGUCUUCUUAAAUCGAUCCCUAAACUCUUGGUCUACUACACCAUCCCCAACAAUUGGUUCCUCGGCUGUAUCUUUUUGGCCGCCGCUUUUUUUUCUGUCUCGCUCUUCAAUGUUAUUCAGACAGGGACGGUCAAAAAGUAUCCACACGUUAUGAAAGUGGCUUCGUUUUACAGCAUAGUCGGGACAAUCCAGUGUAUAAUAUUCUCGUUAUUUAUGGAAAGAGACCUAAGUGCAUGGAAGAUCGAACCUAACUUCGAUCUUUUCCUCAUUAUCGCCACGGGAAUAUUCGGAAAUGUGAUACGACCAAGCAUACAAGUAAAGUGUGCCCAAAUGAAAGGACCAUAUUACGUACCAUUAUUCAAACCCUUUGGUAUCUUUUGGGCAACAGUCUUUGGCACCAGCUUCUUCGUCAACAGUCUUCGCUACGGAAAUGUGUUAGGAGCAGCCAUAGGUGGUGUUGGAUAUUAUUCAGUUUCUUGGGGACAACUGAAGGAAACUGAAGAAAAACAAAAUCCAAUGGAAGAAAGAAAAGCCAUUAAACCUAUGCAUCUUCACGGAGAAGAUGAAAACAAAGUUCCACUGCUUAUUAAUCAGGAAGAAAGUCCUGUUUGAAUUCUGUAUUAUAUAUUUUCUUAAGAAGAAAAUGAGGGUCUCUUUAAUAUUUGUUGGCCCUUUAUUUGUAUGGCGUAAAUAAGAAGAAAUGCGUGUGAGCGUAUGUUCUGUCGUCAGUGUCAAUGGGAGACUGCUGAAGUAGGCUUUUUGGUCCGAAAAGCAAAAUCCACCGAAUGUAAAUGCAUGUCUUUGGAUAUCUAAAGCUCUCUAUUAUGUUCAAAUUUUGUUAUGAAUAUAUAUAAUCUCCGUGUCAUGGAUAAGAGAUAUUGAAUUCCCGGUGUUAUAUCUAACGUUUAUACAUAUUGUACAACUUGUUUGAUGCGAGAAAUUGAAUAUCAUUUAAUCAUUUUACAUAUACUAGAGCCGGUGUCCGCGCUCCGCGCGGAUUACAUAUUUAAUUAAAGUAUGUUAAUAUUUGUGUUAAUGGAUUUCUACGUGUUUUCCUGGGAUUAAAACAAUGGUGUAGAGGUGCCGCAUGUUUGUAUAGAAAACGAUCAUCAUCUAAGAAUCUUCAUCACAAAAAUGUUUUUUUUUGCCAAAGUAUUUAAUUAUUCCUAUAUGUGUCUUCUAGGGGUGAAUGACGAAUCUGUUGAUACAGUUGGGAGCAUGAUUUUUUUAUUAAGAACUAAUUGUGGUUUUUUAUAUUUUACUAAUAAUGUUUAUAUUUGUUUUAUUAGAUAAGUUUUGUAACUAUAAAAUGAACAAAAAUAUCUUUAUUUAGUACUUAUAUAAAAUUAUAUAGAGAUAGAUUAUUAAUUUAUGAUUCUGAUGGGACUAUAUAUUAAUUUGGAACAAAUAUUAAGCAACUCAAUUAGAUUCUUGCAAACCAGGAGAAAAGAAGUGGUCGGUCAUAUCGUCUGUAUUUUUACCUUUUCCCAAGUUUUUAAAACGUUUCGUAGCAAUAAACAAAAAUCAAAACGUAGCAUUGUAUUUAUAUAUUUGGAAUCUUAUCAGAUAAGAUGUAACUUUUCUUUUUUUUGUGCACUUCAAAUUUAAUAAGAUGUAAAUAGUCAAAAAUAUAAAUAUAUAUAUAUAUAUAUAAAACAUAAUUUGUAUUUUAUAUUUGUUUUAUUAAAGAUUUGGAUUAAAGUAUUAAAUUAAUAUAUCAAUACUAAUAAUGUUUUUGAUUCAAAAAUGCACUUGUAAAUUCAAAAUACCUCCCAUAAGCGGAAGAUCUUUGGCGGUUGGUUUGACCAUGGUAUUGAGGAACAAUCAAUCCUUAAACAAAGGAAAGAAUAUUUAAAUGUUAGGCAAAGUGAAAUGGUUUGAUAAUAAAACAUAGUGAAAAAGGUCUCAAUGGAUAAAA